AUGGGGGUUCGCGUGACCCGCGCCUUCAGGAACUUCAACCUGGAGAACCGGUUGGAGCGGGAGCUCAGCAAGAUGAAGCCCUCCACGGCCCCCAAGCAUCCGUCCACCCGCAGCCUCCUGCGUGAGCAGCUGAGCCAGCAUCCAGAAAUCAAAGAGGAAGUUUCUAGAAAAGAUAAUGAGCUGUUGUUGUUACUAAAAGAUGUCUAUGUCGAUUCCAAAGAUCCGGUGUCUUCCCUGCUGGUAAAAGAUGAUGAACCACAGCAAAAACCGAAGGAAUUCAGACUUCCCAUCGGACAUCACUUGGCUAAGAGUGUCAUGGACAUUCCCAAAGGCAAAAUUUCUGUUGUAGAAGCAUUGACACUUCUCAAUAAUCAUAAACUUUCUCCAGAAACAUGGAUUGCUGAGAAAAUUGCCCAAGAGUACUAUUUAGAACUGAAAGAUGUAAACUUCCUCCUGAAAUAUUUUGUUACUUUUGAAGUCAAGGUCUUCCCUCCUGAAGACAGGAAAGCAAUACCAUCAAAAUGA